GACAGGGAGAGAGAGAGACAGAGAAACAAGGCCAGGCGGGGGAUAGCACGGAACGAGGGAGCAGAAAGAGUGAGAGAGAGAGGGCGCACACCGGAGAGAAGUGGAUCCAGAAUCUGAAGCGUUUCCGUGGAGACCUGAAGCUGGAUUCUCCUGGACAAGAGUGACUCCACGGUUGUGUGCGCGUGUAGCUAUCGUUGCGUGGCUACAGCCAGCUGCUAGUGUGUGUGUGUGUAAGGAUGGGUGUGCUGCACCUGUGCCUGGGCCUGGCCCUGCUCUGGGCUCCAGUGCAGAGCCAGUGGUGGAACUUCUGGGCGGCUGCCACCACCACCACCCGCCCUCCCCCCCUCAACAGCACCCCUGCCCCCACAGCUGCCCUGGUCCUGGAGCAGGCUGGGUCGGGGGACACGGAGAAGGACAUGCCCACCCUGGAGUCUACUGCUGUCCCGGUCCAGGACCAGGAGCCUGAGCCUGGGCUCCAGGCUAAGAAAAGACCCCUCAAACUCUGGAAGAAGAGUGAGCGGAGAACCCAGCCCCACGUGGACCUGCUGGAGCUGGUGGGGGUGCCCCUCCCCCCCUCCGUCUCCUUCACCCAGGGCUACGAGGACGGGGGCCCCGCCUACAGCUUCGGGCCCGACUCCAACAUCGGCCGCCUGGCGCGCUCCUUCGUGCCCUCCCCCUUCUACCGCGACUUUGCCGUCCUGGCCACGGUGCGGCCCUCCAGCGCCCGGGGAGGGGUGCUGUUCGCCGUGACGGACGCCAAGCAGGAGGUGGUGCGCCUGGGGCUGGAGGUGCGCCCGGCGAGGGCUCGCUACCAGAACGUGGUGCUGCACUACAGCGAGGGGCGGAGCCACAAGCUGACGGCCGUGUUCACGGUGGCGCCCAUGACGGAGGAGUGGGCCAUGCUGAGCGUGGUGGUGGAGGGGGACCAGGCCAGUCUGACGGUGGACUGCGGCCCGGCCGAGGUGGUGCCCCUGGCCCGGAGGAGUGGGAGGGUGAGCUUCCACCAGGAGUCUGGCAUCUUUGUGGCAAACGCAGGGAGCGCCGGCAUGGAGAGGUUUGUGGGUUCCAUCCAGCAGCUGGUGAUCACCUCUAACCCCAGAGCAGGAGAGGAGCAGUGUGAAGAUGAUGAUCCUUAUGCAUCCGGUGAUGCCAGUGGGGACGGUGUGUUGGAUGACCGUGAGUCGGAGGAGGAACUGAUGAAGAUGAAGGAGGAGAGGAAGGAAACACACCUGCCAGAAGAUGAAGAUAGCGUUCCGGUGCAAGCCCCGCCCACUGCGACUCCAGAGGACCUGGACGAGUACUCAGGUCACCUGACCCCCACUGAGACCAACCAGGAGAAGAUACUCCUAGGAGCCCACCCGACAGAGGAGUCAGGCGAGAGAUCUGGAAACGGGGCUGGUGGCCAGGGGCGGAAGGGAGAGAGAGGAGAUCCAGGCCCUCGGGGCCCCCCUGGGCCUCGCGGCCCCACAGGCUCGGCCUCUCCCUCAGGGGACAGGAGGUCAGGCGAGACCCAGGCUCAGCCGGGGCCCAGGGGUCCGCAAGGCCCGGCAGGUCCAACUGGACUCCCCGGACAAGCAGGGAAGGAUGGGCCAAUGGGAAGGAAAGGAGACAAAGGAGACACAGGCAUGAGGGGUCCUCAGGGUUUUCCUGGGUUGGCUGGAGAGUCUGGACCUAGAGGAGACAAGGGUGAUCCAGGAGUGGGACUUCCAGGGCCACCUGGGCUCCCCGGCCCCCCUGGGCCCCCCAGGUCACGCAGUGUUCCAUAUGGUGCUGACGCUCUGGGCUCUGGCUUCGAGGACUCAGACAGCGAUACUGAACUCAUGCGGGGUAUCCCUGGUCCUCCGGGUCCUCCAGGCCCCCCAGGGCCCGGCCUGCCGUUUGGCCCCUCUGAGGGCCUUCUCCCUGGGCCCUCAGGCCCACCUGGUGUGCCUGGAAGAGACGGCAUGGACGGCCCUGUUGGAAAACCCGGCCUGCCAGUGCUUCAUGAUUGGUUUAGUGGUUCUGGCUCGGGUUCAGGGUUCGGGUCCGGGUCUGGCUUCGGCUCAGGGUUUGACCCUGAGCUCCGGUCAGAGUACGGAUCUGAGUUCCGCUCAGAGUACGGUUCUGGUUGGGCCUCCGGCUUCGGCUCUGGUUUCGGCUCGGGGUUCGGCUCGGGGUUCGGUUCAGGCGAGGGUCAGGAUGGAGCAGACGGUCUUCCUAGUCCCACUGGGAAGAAGGGUGACCAUGGACAACCUGGAGCUCCUGGACCCAAAGGGGAAACUGGAGACCCAGGACCGGAGGGGGCCUCGGGGCCUACGGGACCCGAGGGAAAGAGAGGUCUUCCUGGGCUGCAGGGACCGCCCGGUGUCCCUGGACCUCCAGGAGGUGUCUUCUUUGUGGAGGACUUGGAAGGCUCUGGAAAUAGUGACAUGUUGAUUGGUGCUGGAUCCAAAGGUCUACAGGGAGCUCCUGGCCAACCUGGGUUAACUGGUUUACCAGGACCCACGGGUGAGAAGGGGGCUGAUGGUUCUCCUGGGAAAUCUGUCAAGGGGGAACCAGGAAGUCCAGGCCCUGAAGGUCUUCCAGGGCUGGCAGGGUUGCCAGGCGCCAGGGGUGCCAAGGGUGACAAGGGCAGUGCAGGACCUAAGGGAGAGAGAGGUGCUGAUGGACUCAGUAUCCCAGGACCACCUGGGCCACCUGGACUUCCUGGACCAGUCUUCAACCUGCAGGAUCUGCACCUGAAUGACAGUGAGAGCUUGUUAUCCUUCACUGAGCUUCGAGGUCCACCAGGACCUGAGGGCCCUGAAGGCUUGCCUGGUAGAGCUGGAUUCCCUGGUCCCAGAGGUCCUAAGGGAGACAGUGGUCCUACUGGGGUUCUGGGACCACCGGGACUGAAGGGCGAGAAGGGCGAGCCUGGGGUCACCAUCGCUGCUGACGGCUCUCUGAUGACCGGGCUCCGUGGUCCGCAGGGUCCUAAAGGGAUCAGGGGUGAGCGUGGUCUCCCUGGACGUGCUGGUGUCGAGGGACCGAUGGGCCCAACUGGACCGAAAGGAGAAUAUGGCUUCCCUGGCCGCUCGGGCCGACCUGGGAUGGCAGGCAGGAAGGGGGAGAAGGGCGAUGUCAUUACCCAAUCGGGCCCCCCUGGCCCCCCAGGGCCUCCAGGACCCCCUGGGCGAGUGUUAGGACUCAACGGAACAGUGUUUCCGGUUCGCCCCCGACCGCACUGCAAAAAGACCGGGAAGGACUCGCCUCAAGGACGCAGGAACGGAGGGGCCAAAGGAGACAAGGGAGACGCGGGUUUACCUGGCCAACCUGGAACUCCAGAAUCUCUUCUACCAGACAGCUUGGAGGGCUUUGUGGGGGCCAAGGGCGACGGGGGACUGAGGGGAGAGAAAGGAGAGAAGGGGGACGUGGGAUUGACAGGACCUCCAGGACUGCCUGGGAGGUCAGGCCUGGUGGGUCCGAAGGGUGAGUCAGUGCUGGGUCCUCCAGGUGACCCCGGGUCCCCAGGCCAGCAGGGGGCUCCUGGUUUAGGUCGGCAAGGCUCCCGAGGGCCCCCUGGCCCUGCCGGCCCCCCAGGCCCACCUCCUGUCUACGGAGCAGCAGCAGGUAGCAUUCCAGGCCCAACUGGGCCCCCCGGCCCGCCUGGAGCCCCUGGAGACACCAACCCGGUGAGCACGUACAGGACCACCCACGCCCUGGUGAGGGAGAGCCUGCGGGUGGCUGAGGGCACCAUGGCCUACGUGGCUGACAGGGGAGGAGAGCUCUACAUCAGGGCACAGCAGGGCUGGAGGCAGGUCCAGCUGGGAGAGUUGAUCCUGCCCCCCCCAGACCUGCCCUCCUCCUCGGUGUCUCAGGCCCUGAGCAGACCAGGAGAACGCAGCAGGCCCCCCAGGAUACACAGCCAGGAGCUGCAGGAAAAGGAAAGGGCCUAUCUUCCUAACUACAAUCUGUUACCACAGUCUACCCAAUCAGCACCUGGGCUCCACCUGGUGGCGCUGAACGCUCCCCUGGCUGGUGACAUGCGAGGCAUCAGGGGGGCGGACCUGCAGUGCUACCAGCAGGCGCGGGCCGUGGGCCUCACCGCCACCUACAGGGCCUUCCUGUCAUCACACCUGCAGGACCUGGCGACCGUCGUCAAGAAGGCCGACCGCGUCAACUUGCCCGUGGUCAACCUGAGGGGGGAGGUGCUGUUCCCCACCUGGACGAGCAUCUUCUCAGACAACGGUGGAGUGUUCGACCCCAUCACUCCCAUCUACUCCUUCGAAGGCCGUGAUGUCUUCACAGACCACACAUGGCCCCAGAAGCUGGUGUGGCAUGGCUCCAGCACAGUGGGAAUCCGGAUGACGACUAACUACUGUGAGGCGUGGCGUGCCGGGGACAUGGCCGUGACAGGACAGGCCUCCCUGCUGCACACCGGCAGGCUGCUGGGACAGCACACACGGAGCUGCUCCAACCACUUCAUAGUGCUGUGCAUAGAGAACAGCUACGUAGACCACCACAAGAGAAACUAACACACACACACAGAACGACACACACGGGGAACUUACACACACACAGACACACACAGAAGCACACUCA